GCGGCGCGGCGCGGCGAUGGCGCUGCGGGUGGGUGUCUGCCCCUGUUCUCGGGCCGGGGUUGCGGGCCCGAGGCUGAGGCUGAGGCUGCGGUGCGGUGUUUGCAGCGGCUGCGGUGGGCGGCGGCGGCGCUGGGCGGCGGGGCGCUGCUGGGCGCGGCGGCGCUGGCGGCCGCGGGCGACGAGCGGUUCUACGCGGAGCGGCUGAUGCCGGUGCUGCAGCGGGCGGCGGGGCCGGAGGCGGCGCACGGGCUGGCGCUGCGGCUGCUGCGCCUGGGGCUGCACCCGCGCGACCCCGCGCCAGACCCCGACUGCCUGGCGGUGCAGGUGCUGGGCCGGCGGUUCCAGAACCCGGUGGGGCUGGCCGCCGGCUUUGACAAGCACGGGGAGGCAGUGGACGGGCUCUAUCGCCUGGGCUUCGGCUUCGUGGAGGUCGGCAGCGUCACGCCCCAGCCCCAGGACGGCAACCCCCGGCCCCGCGUCUUCCGCUUGCCCGAGGACCAGGCCGUCAUUAACAGGUACGGGUUCAACAGUCACGGGCACGCUGCCGUGGAGCGCCGCCUUCGAGCCCGGCAGGAUGCGCAGCUGCAGCUGACCGCAGCGGGGCGGCCCCUCGGGAUCAACCUGGGCAAGAACAAGAGCUCGGUGGAUGCCGUGGCCGACUACGUGGCUGGGGUGCGGGUGCUGGGCCCGCUGGCUGACUACCUGGUGGUGAAUGUGUCCAGCCCCAACACCCCGGGGCUGCGGGACCUGCAGGGCAAAGCAGAGCUGCGCUGCCUCUUGGCCAAGGUGCUGGAAGAGCGGGAUGCACUGCCCUGCGUGCCGAAGCCGGCCGUGUUGGUGAAGAUUGCGCCCGACCUCAGUGCGCAGGACAAGCGGGACAUCGCCAGUGUCGUGAGCGAACUGGGGGUCGAUGGGCUGAUUGUCACCAACACCACCGUGAGCCGCCCCAGCAGCCUGCGUGGUGCAGCACGAGCAGAGGCCGGGGGGCUGAGUGGGCAGCCCUUGCGGGACCUCUCCACGGAGACCGUGCGCGAGAUGUACUGCCUUACCCAAGGCCGCGUGCCCAUCGUCGGUGUGGGUGGUGUGAGCAGUGGGCAGGAUGCGCUGGACAAGAUCCGAGCCGGGGCAUCGCUGGUGCAGCUGUACACGGCGCUCACCUACCGUGGGCCCCCUGUGGUGGGCACUGUGAAGCGGGAGCUGGCUGCACUGCUGAGGAAGCAGGGCUUUGCCAGCGUCACGGAGGCUGUUGGGGCAGAUCACCGGCCCUGAGGAUCAUGGGGCCAGGGGCUGGCUCUGCCUGCCCUCGCUCAGAGGAGCUGUGGGGCCUGAAGACCAGCUGUCAGCACUGCCUUGAGCGUGAAGUGACUUGGACUCCAGCCCAAGGCCCCCAGGCGGGUGCAGGGUGCAGCAGGAACUCAGGCCCAGUGCCCGUGUUGCCUCCAGGAGGCAUGGUGGAGUGGGGGUCUUGGGGCAGCACUGCUUGGCCCAGCAACUGCUCUGAGUGUCACCCAUGCUCGCACUGCCCCUGGGGCUGGGGUGGAGCCUUGUGCCGGUGGCCAUGGGAAAGGGUGGCAGUGCCCAGCCUCUGGCCCUUUUGUGGCAGGAGGAAUCCCCUGGGCUGCUAUGGCCCCCUCUGCUGCCAGGCCCUGCCCUGAGCUGCUACCUCUGGUAUUGUCCUCAGUGCUCAGCUGUCUUUCCCUGGGCUGGGGUCUCUUGGGCCUGGCCCUGUGUGGGGCUGGUGGUAUCUCCCCAGCUCGGGGGCUGCAUAGGGUCUCUGCCUCCUGCCAUUAAACUUGGUGCUUGCUCACUC